AUGGACCACGAUGGGGGGGACACGGAACAGCCUCUGGCUAAACGGCAGAAGUUCGACGAGGACAUUCAAACGUUCAAGAGUGAGCCCGAAGUGGACUUCUCUCAGGACAACUUGGACUUCGAUGGGAAGUUUAUGCCCGAAGACAAGUACUCGAACUUUGUGACGCCGGAGGAUUUGGAGAGGCUGAGGGAAUUUAAAGUGCUGGACGAAGUUAAGUCCAACGACGAAGACAGCAAUGACGACGAAUCGGAAAGUUCCGACGGUAAAUCGGAAGGGCUACCAGACGAAGAAAUAGAAAAGAUGCUCGAGGAAGGUCUGCCCGAGGACUUCAAGGGCGCGCCCAAACCGAAAGAGAAACCAUACGUUACCAGACAGAAGACGGUGCUGGAAGAGAAGGGCGUGAACCACUUCGAGGUGCUGCCCCUGGACUGGAUGAUGGUGCGUCACUACAGCGGGAUGCCUGUGUACAUGCACCGCACCACCCGCGUCUGCACUCUCUCCAAGCCCUACUUCCUCGGCAAAGGGAACACCAGGAGGCACGAUAUACCAAUUAGUGCAAUACCCUGCCUCGCGUACAGACGGGCUUUGGAGGAGGAGGAAAAGCAAAGAGAGAUCGAUCAAAGGAUCGAGGAGCAAAUAAGAAACGGGACGUGGGCUAAUAACGCCGGCCAAACGAACCCAGCCACCAACGUGGAGGCGAGCAAUCAAAGUGCGAACUCCAGUAUUAAGGAGGGCGACAGUCAAAAUAUAGAUACGAACAACAUUAAAAUAGAAAACGUCGACAGCAAUGACGUCGAGGAAAAUAACAUACGAGCGAUCGAAGUAGAAAUAAGUUGCGUUAAAGUCAAUGACGACGAUAGUAAUGGACUAGGGAACGGCGACGAGAGGAACGAUGAGAACAGCCAAUGUUCGUCAUCUGAUACGAAGUCUGAUAAUCAAGUUAAGUGCCCCUUCAGGCAAGAUCCGGCCGAGGAGUCUACUAAUGGUGACCAGGUCGCUGAAGGUCAGGUGGACGAGGAAAUACCGUUGAGCAGGCAGCCGGUCGUGCUCCCCGGGGGCAUAGUGAUGCCCCCUCCCCGCGUGGAGUCGGUGAACACCAGUUGGAAGACUCAGCAUUUGUCCCCGGAGCAAAUAAACGACUACUGCAAGAGGCUGUUCAAAUUCAAAACCGUCAACAUAAUGCAUUUUAAUCGAUGGGCCGAUCGGCGCAAAUACACGAAAGCGAGGAAGACACUCCAGUACCCGACCCUGCCCGAGGGCACGAAGCUCAUCACGAUACCGGCCCAAAUCCACGCCGGUCAGGAGAACGGCUCCAAGAGCACGAAGAAGGACUGGGUGAUGAACAUGAACGGCCGUUGCUACCUCUCGGUCUUCCACGAGUACGUGUACAGGGCGCUGCAGAAGCAGCCGGUCUACGAGUUCAAGCAGCUGGAGAACGCCACCACGCCGUACCAGGCGACGGUGUUCAUCGGCGGCAUGCAGUACGGCGUCGGCUACGGCUCCAGCAAGCGGCAGGCGAAGUCGGCCGCCGCCCGCGCCUCCAUCCACAUCCUCAUCCCCGAGAUGCGGGACCAGCUCGAGCCGCAGCCCUCCACCGGCGAGCCGGAUUUCUCGUUCUUCGACUACGUGAGCAUCGAGGACCCGCGCAUCUCGGAGUUCUGCGCGGCCACGUGCGAGCCCUCGCCGCACGCCAUCCUGCGCACCUGCCUGCUGCGCAACUUCGGCGCCGGCGACCGGCACAUACACACCGAGAUGAAGAAGCUCGAAUACCAGAAGAUUGAGUUGACAAUGAAGGUGGGCAAGCACAGCGCCACAGUCGUCUGCAAGAACAAGAAGACUGCGAAGCAACGCGCUUCGCAGGCCAUACUGCAGGCGCUGCACCCGCACGUGCGCUCGUGGGGCUCGCUGCUGCGGCUGUACGGCUCGCGCUCGGUGAAGAGCUGCAAGGAGAAGAAGCUGGAGGAGCAGCAGAUCACGCUGCUGCAGGACAAGGCGCGCCAGAACGAGCCCAACUACGCGGUGCUGGAGAAGCUGCGCCACGAGAUGCGCAAGCUGCGCGAGCGCGACGCGGCGGUGGUGCCCAUCGGCACGCUGCUGCUGCCGGCCGCGCCGCCGCCCUCCGCCGCGCUGCUGGGCGGCGUGCGUCUG